GAAAGCCAAAAAUGGCCAAGUACUUAGUAUUUGUAGCAGCAAUGAUGGUGGUGUUCUUGGGCCUUGCUCAGGCCACCAGGUUCACUGUGACCACUGUCCUCGACGAGGAAGUCGACAACCCAGUAGCCCAACGAGGAUGCCAGCGCCAAGUCCAGCAGCAGAUGCAGCAAAUCAGGAGCUGCCAGCGCUACUUAUCAUCCAGGAUCCAGCAACAACAAGGCGGCGGCGGAUACCUCGACGAAGUCAUCGAGGAGUUCGGAGUGGACCAAGCAGGAAGGCAGCCUCAGCAGCAGGAGGUACAGCAACAGCUCAGGCAGUGCUGCAACGUUCUCCAGAACCUGCCGGAGCAGUGCCGGUGCGAGGCCGUGAGGACCGCCGUGAGGAUGCAGCAGCAGGAGGGACAGCAGUGGGGCCAGCAGGGACAGCAGUCUCAGCAGCAGAUCAGGAGGCUGGCUAGUUUCCUCCCUCAGCAGUGCAAUGUGGGCCCCCAGCAAUGCCAAGUUUAAGAAGAUUGAUUAAUUACAAAAAUUUAAUCAAUCUUCUUCUUCGAAUAAUAAAAAUUUCCGUGACUUCUGAAUAAAUACAGCUAUAUAUCUAUGUAUGUAUAGCGAGCUGGCUUUUAAUAAUGUACGGAAAUCGGAUGCUUUAGUGUUUUUGUAAAAUACUUCUUCUAUCUCCCCUG